AUGGAUCCGCCAUGGGAGAAUCUUAGUGUGAAACGCCAACAAAGUUACGUCACAUGUGAAUCGCCUUUAGAAAGUGUCGAUCUGGAAUGUUUGGCAAAUGCUGGUAUGGUAGCGAUUUGGAUCACAAAUCGAACAGGCGUGGAAAAGGGACUCGAAGCCUUUUUCCGACGGUGGAAGUUGACGCGCAUUGCCACUUUCUUCUGGUUAAAGGUUUGUUCCUUGCGAAUUGUUGAAGUAGCGUAUUCCUUUUUCGUUGUGCGCAUACUGCUCCCUCACAAUGUAUCAGGUUCAUGUGGAGGGCUGGGACACUUGUUUAGUAAGGUACUGACAUCAGUUUCUGGCUCUUACAGGAUAAAUGGGAGCUAA